AUGUAUAAAUUUGGCCAAGCACUAAAUAAAUUGAGAAGAUCAGCUACUCAAGAAGAGCAAGAGCAAGAACGAGAACGAUCGUCUUCCCCUAGUUAUAGUACAAAGAUGUCCAAGACGAGGCCUCCUUUCAAAAGCAGUAGCAGCACAAGUAUAAAUGGUGAAAUAAGUAAUACUCAAUCUCCUUUUGGAUACAACGAUGACGAUGAUGAUUCAUUACCUCCAGUAAUAUUAACUGGUUAUUCACCAAAUACAAAAAAUAGACUUUUAACUACAGAAAUGUGUGAUGAAUUACGUACUUUAAUGCCCACUAGAGUACAAUUAUAUCCAAAAUGGAGAUUACUUUAUAGUUUGGAACAACAUGGAGCCUCAUUACAUUCUUUAUAUCACAACAUUGCUCCAGAAGAUAAAACACCAAUGCGUGUAGGAUAUGUCUUGAUUAUUAAAGACCGAUUAAAUGGUAUAUUUGGUGCAUAUUGUAAUGAACCAUUCCAUCCAACAGAAAAACAUAAAUAUUUUGGAAAUGGUGAAUGCUUUCUUUGGAAGAUGGAAAAAGUUCCUGAUUUAAAUAUUGGAGAAACUAAAGAUGAAAAAGAAUAUUAUAAUUCCAAUAUACAAAACGACCAGGAAGCCAACUAUCAAUGGAGAUUUAAAGGUUUUCCCUCCACUGGAUUAAACGAAUUUUUCAUAUAUUGCACUUCUAAGUUUUUAUCAAUGGGUGCUGGUGAAGGUCAUUAUGGAUUAUGGUGUGAUGAUGGCUUAAUACACGGAGUUUCCAAUCCAAGUUUAACUUUUGGUAAUGAUAUUCUUAGUCGAGAGGGAAAUAAAUUUCAUAUAGUAGGGUUAGAAAUGUGGAGAGUUGGUUAA